GUUUGAACCAAUCAGCAGACACGGGGGAGGUGCCACUGGAGCGGGCAAAGAAGAGGCAAGCAGGAGAGAGAAAAGUGUCAUGGAAAGUGUCUGGGUGACCCGCGGCAGGGCUGCGGCUGAUACUCCAGGCGGGUGUGCGGAGACGCAGAGGAUUUACUGCUGACUGGGACUGGAGCAGCUGGCACAGGGACUGUGCUGCCUGAAGUUGAUUCUUCCUUCCUUCGUUACUUCAUUUGUGGAUAUUUUUCAUGCUAAUGGAGACUUCUGCAAUCAUUUCUGCAUAAUGAGGAUGAAGAUCGGUUUCAUUUUGAUAUGUCUACUUGUCCUCACAAUCACAAGGGACUGCACUUGUGAGCGAUGUGAUGACUGGGGAGAGGACACCAGGAAGCUGACCCAAGCUUAUGAUGGAGAACCCGUCCGGAUCAGAUGCCCUCUGUUCGAGGGCUACCUAAAACAUAAUUAUAGUGCAGCACACUCAGCGGGCCUUACCUUAAUGUGGUAUUGGACUGGUAAAGGGAAAGACCUUGAGGAGCCGAUAAACAUUCGUCUUCCAGAUAAUAGAAUCAGCAAAGAUAAGGACAUACUAUGGUUUCGGCCAUCUCUUCUCAACGACACAGGAAAUUAUACCUGUAUGUUAAGGAAUACCACUUUUUGCCUCAAAAUAGCUUUUCCAUUAGAAGUCCUGAAAAAAGACCCAAAAUCAUGUGUUAGCAAUGACAAGGUGGCAAAAGUGUUCUCUUUUCCUCUAGAUGAAACCUCUAUAUUGCAUUGUCCAGACACGGAGGACUAUUAUCCAGCAGGUGUAACUCCCACUGUGAACUGGUACAUGCACUGUGAAUUGGUGGAUGGGUUUGUUGAUCGGGACCCAGACGGACUCAACUUGAAAUUUUUGAAUAUGUUGCAACGGUAUGAGGGCAACUAUACAUGUAUUGUGUCAUAUGAGGAAAACGGAAAAGAGUAUAAUCUAACUAGGACAAUGUAUGUCAAAGCAAUAGCUUCCCGUUUCUAUGCAAAAGCACCUGAAAUGAGAACUCCGAGUGACAAACAGACCUUUGAGUUUCAAGCAGGAGGAGAAUUGCACAUUCCAUGUGACGUUUAUUUCUCCUACGUAGAGAAUUCAUUUACUGAGAUUGGAUGGACAAUAAAUGGGAAGAGUGAAGGAGACUUUACUGAUCCUAGAAUACAAGUUAAUGAAAGUGUUUUAUUGGAUGCGAUCCUUCCUGGAGCCAAGGCCAUAAAAAAGGAAUUACGGAUCAAAAACAUUACACCGGAUGAACUCAAGCACAACUAUACUUGCACUGCAAGAAACACCUUGGGGGUAGUCUCCAGGCAAGCACUUGUCAAAGAGAAAGUUGGUACUCCACGAUACAUUACGGAGCUGGCAUGUGGACUGGGAGCAACCCUAUUUCUUGUAGUGUGCUUUGUUGUUGUAUACCACGUGUACUGGUUGGAAAUGGUGCUCUUCUACAGGGCUCACUUUGGGACAGAUGAAACUAUUGGAGAUGGAAAGGAGUAUGAUGUGUAUGUAUCCUAUGCAAGAAAUGCAGAAGAGGAAGAAUUUGUUCUGGUGACACUAAGAGGAGUGCUUGAGAAUGAAUUUGGCUACAAACUGUGUAUCUUUGACAGAGACAGCUUACCAGGUGGAAUCGUUACAGACGAAACACUGAGCUUCAUUAAGAAAAGCCGGCGCCUGCUUGUUGUGGUUAGCCCCAGUUAUGUCCACCAAGGUACACAAGCCCUCUUGGAGUUGAAAGCUGGCUUGCAGAACAUGGCUUCCCAGGGCAACAUCCGACUUGUCUUAGUUCAAUAUAGGUCUAUUAAGAAUAAACAGAAAGUGAAGGAGCUAAAGCUAGCACAAUCGGUGCUUGGUGUCAUCAAGUGGAAAGGAGAAAAAUCUAAAUAUCCUGGUGGUAGAUUUUGGAAACAGCUUCAUGUAGCACUGCCCGUAAAGAAGACCUCUUCAACUAAAAAUAGUUGUAGUUUCCAUACGGUUCCCCAGAAUCUUGAAUUUGGUACAGAGUGUAGCAAGAAUGUAACAACUUAAAAGUCAUGAAUGGUGGCAUUAUUCAGGCUCUAAAACCAAAGAAACACCACACUGGAUUUUUGUAAUAAAACUCUAAGUAAAGCUAAUCUGUGAAAUACUGGUAAUAGAGACCUUAACCGUUAUACAGCCACAACUGCAUUUUAUGUAGUCCAUGCUAGCCCAUGAAAAAUGCUUCCUUGAAAGAACUUUCCCAGAAUGUUCCUGAAACAUUCAGAGAAACAUUGGGGGUCAUUUAUUAUAUUGAAAUAUGCCUACAUUAGGUGUAUAUCAGGCGCAGAUGGCGACGCAACAGUUAGUGGCACAGCUAUCCGCUACUUCUUCCCGCUCACACCAGGUCUACAAUUGUGGGCAUUCAUCAUUUUCUACACUUGUUUUAGGCAUAGAAAAUAGUCUAAAUGUAAGACAGCUCAGAAGCCGUCUUACAUUUAGAACUGGCGCUGGAUACGCCAAAGUUAUGGAAAGGCCAGCGCCUCUUCAUAACUUUGGCGGAUCCUCCAACAGCUAUGAGGCUUUAUUAAGACCGAUGUAUAAAACACUGGUCUUAAUAAAUGUGCCCCUUUGUUCUUUGCCUAGCGUUACUGAAAGUGUAUGACAAGUUUGAAUGACUGUGCAGCCAGUAUGGAUUAAUCUGUCAGCAUAACAGUAGUUCACCUGGCGAUCAUUCUUUCAACGGUUGUUCAACCUUCGACCUACUAAUGUGUAUAGCCAGCUUUAGAAACCAUAUGCAGGAAUAAAGUUAAGAAAAUAAGGUAAUCGCCUAAUAAA